GUGAGUGAGCCAGUCACACGUCUGGCUGCCACAGGGCUGACAUGUGCUGCGCGUGCUCCCCUGGCAGUCGGACGAGACCCAGGCUACUUCGUCCAGGCUCCCCUCCUCCACUCCUCCAACGAGCAGUGCCGCACGCGAGACACCUCUCGGCAACCUGGCCGGCACGAAGCGAGCUGUCCCGACGGAGAGCGAGGAUGCUGGUCAGAGCAGCGUCUCAGCCGGCGGCUCACAGUCUAAGCUUGCGCGCACCGUCCGCAAGAAGCAGUCCCUCUCCUUCCCCAUUGAGCUCGACGACCACGACGCCGACUGAGCCCAGCAUGACGCCUGACGAUGUACCGCACUCCAUUAUACUCUGACUCGCAUUCGUAUGAGCUGCUCUUGGUCGCGAUGGCUAGGGGAGCCACGAGCAGGUUUCCGCUGCUGAGGCAGACAGCGGACGCAGAUGCAGCAAGAGGCAAGGAGAGGAGGGGGGCUGCGGCAGCUCUCACAGCGCCGAACGAGGUGCCGGUACGCGCGCCCCUACGCUCUGACUCUGCGCGCACCCGCAGCCGGCUGCAAGAUCGCCGAGCGUCCGAGCAGCCAGUCGGCCCCGGCGUGAAGGACACAGGCAGGACUCAAUCGUCCGCACGACUGCGAGGAGUGAGAGCUUCUUCGGUCCUGUCGCGGCGUGAGCACGCGCGUUUGUCCGCCACACGUUCCCUGACGGCCAAGCUGCAGCGAGGCGCGAGUGCGGAGCUCCGCCCCCGGCCGCUAGCGCGGAGGGGUCCUGAGCCGCCGGUACGCAGCGGCAGUGUGCCGCCGGCUGACCAGCUUGCCGCCAGCGCCGGAAGGCAGCCUCAGGGCGGCAGGUCAUCAUGCUUGCGCGCCCAGCAGCAAUGUGCCAUCCAGUGGCGAGAGCAGGGCGGGCUGCAGCAUACAUAAAGCGCCAGCUCGGCCUCUGCGCAUGCGACCCAUCGACUCCGCAAUCAU